AUGUUUCGUCCCCGCCUCGUACGAUUUUGGCGACAGCCCGGGCCUCUCUGUCGAUCUCACGGGCGACUCACCUCCACCCAAGGCAAGUCUGCCUUGUCGCGCAUUGACCGCGUCACGGCCCGUCUACCGCGUCCGUUGCAAAAGUACACAACGGGCCUCCGCAACGCGCCCGUCUCCCAUGUGGUUUCCUUCCUCAUCCUCCAUGAACUCACAGCCAUACUGCCGCUCUUUGCCCUCUUUGGCGUUUUUCACUACACCAAUUGGGUGCCCGUCACGUGGAUGACGGAGCAUUUUGGGGGCUACGUGCAAAGUGGCAUUGGUCGCUUCGAGAGAUACUUUGCGCGGAAGGGGUGGUUUGGUUUCAGUCGCGAGGAUCUCGAAGGCGCGUCAGGCCAGAGAGGCAAGGAGAGCCAGACACAGGAAGCGAUGGACCGGUACGAAAGCGGCGAGCUCAAGUACAAGAUCCUCGUGGAGAUUGCUCUUGCGUACGCUAUCACCAAGGCUCUCCUGCCCAUACGCAUCAUCGCGAGCGCCUCCGCCACGCCUUGGUUCGCCAGAAUACUUGUCAAGUCACGGGCACUCAUCUCACGCAAGCCUUAA